CGGCUGAGGCCUACAUGAGUAAGUGCUUCCGGGGUGCCUCUUCCUCUUUUCCGCCGCAUCGGGACGCAGCCAUGGUGAACGUCCCGAAGACCCGCAGGACUUACUGCAAGAAGUGCAAGAAGCACCAACCCCACAAAGUUACCCAGUACAAGAAGGGAAAGGACUCCCUCUAUGCUCAGGGUAAGAGGAGAUACGACAGGAAGCAGAGUGGCUAUGGUGGACAAACAAAGCCCAUUUUCCGGAAAAAGGCUAAGACUACAAAGAAGAUCGUGUUGAGGCUCGAGUGUGUGGAGGCCAACUGCAGAUCCAAGAGAAUGCUGGCUAUCAAGAGAUGCAAGCACUUCGAGCUGGGAGGUGACAAGAAGAGAAAGGGCCAGGUCAUCCAGUUCUAAGCUGUGGUCCACACUUCUGGAUGAAGUUGUCACGCUUUUCAAUAAAUGUGUCGAAACUUA